CCCGGCGGCCAUGGCGGCAAUGGCGGCCGUGGUGCCCGAUUACGAGUUGGCCGAGCUGUACACGCGCGCGUUCCGCGUGGGCGCCCUGGGCCUCGGCUGGCGGCGGCUGCUGGGGCCGCCCGACCUCUCGCUGGCGGCGGAGGCGGAAGAGGAGGAGGAGGAGGAGGACGCGGCCGUGGCGGCGGCUCUGGGCUGCGCGCCGGGCACGGCGGCCGAGGUGCGCGCCGUCUGCAGCAUUGAUAUGUUAAUGUCUUCUGAGAAAGAAGAGGACCCAGAUGUUAUUCCUGAAGAUAGCAGUCUGCUCACUCUUCGAAUUCGGAAGAAGGCCUUAGAGAGGAGAGAAGAAACAAUUAUUGUGGAUCGGGCUUGCAGACAAGAAACUCUUACUUAUGAGAUGGAGUCACAUGCAACUGGAAAGAGGCCAGAUGAUCCAACAGAUCUAAUUGAGGAGGGAGAACUACUUUUAACUCUGAACAUCUUUUAUCCUCUUAUAUUUCAGAAGCAUAAAGAUCACAAACCGUUCCAAACAGUCCUUGUAUUGGGCAGCCAGAAGCUCACUGAACUGAGAGACUCGAUUUCCUGUGUCAGUGACCUCCAGAUAGGUGGUGAGUUCAGCAGUCAGCCAGAUCAAGCACCAGAGCACAUCAGCAAGGAUCUCUACAAAUCUGCCUUCUUCUAUUUUGAAGGCAUCUUUUAUAAUGAUAAAAGAUACCCGGAGUGCAGAGAUCUGAGCAGAACAAUUAUAGAGUGGUCAGAAUCUCAUGAUAGAGGCUAUGAAAAUCUUCAGUCUGCCAAGAUGGAGGACUAUGCAUUUAAUGAUUUAUCCCUCAAAAUUGGCUUUCCAUACCUUUACUGUCACCAAGGGAACUGUGAACACAUCAUUAUAAUCACAGAUAUAAGGCUUAUUCAUCAUGAUGACUGUCUGGAUAGGAAUCUGUAUCCCUUGCUGGUCAAGAAACAUUGGCUAUGUACCAGAAAAUGUUUUGUGUGCAAGAUGUAUACAGCAAGGUGGGUAACCAACAGAGACAGUCUGGCACCAGAGGAUCCUUGUUUCUUCUGUGAUGUUUGUUUUCGGAUGCUCCAUUAUGAUGCAGAAGGCAAUAAACUGGGAGAGUUUCUUGCAUAUCCUUAUGUUGAUCCUGGGAUUUUCAACUGAAAAUGACAUGUGCCAGGAUUAAUUCAGUGAAUGACAUUGUUGAAUGUGUUGCUCUGGCUGUUAAAACCACUGAACAGCUUGGGGUUUGAGCAUACUGCUGGGUUUCAUGUUAGGUAUGUAAUCCUCUCCUGUGAGCAGGAAGGAGCCCUUUGCACUUGAAGACUAUCUGGUGUUUUUUUCUGAGUAAGUAAGUAUGAUUUUUACAGAUAAGUUGCAUGCAAAAAUGUAAUACACUUUUACAACAUUCCAGUAGUUUGGCUGCUAUGGACUAAAAAUAUGGAUGUUUGAGAAUACCUGGCAAAAGAAACCAUGGGUUUAAGAAGCUCUGCGUAUCCAAGGCUUUGUAAACCUCUGUGGAUGAGAACAUGGUCUGUAUAUAUCUUACCUUGAAAACUCUGGCAGUUGCCAUAUUUGAACAAGGAUGGGUGGCACUGAAUUUGUAGGGAGGAGAAUGCUUUCUGAGAGAGAAGCUCAGAAUGGUGGUUAAACUCUUGGGUCUUUCCUACAAAUGAAAGCUUACAUCUGAAGGCCUUUGCUGUCCCUGGUUUCUGACUCUGAGGACUGAUUCUGUAGAGAAGAAACUGCAUUUCACCAUUACUGAAUUGUAGCCUGCUUUUUAAAUAAUUUUGCCAGCUGUUUACAGUGUAUGCAGUGUUCAUUGUGCACCUUUUUAUUUAGUAUCAUUCUUUUAUUGUUAUGUAAUGUUUUUUUUAAUUAAAAUGUGGCAAAUUUGUAGUUCCUACUAGUCUCUUGUUAAACUGAAACUUUGUCAAGACAGGAUAUUCCUGUUUUUAAAGUCUUCUUUAAAUUAAGAGUAUGUUAGUGGCAAUCUUUGUUUUAGGAAAGUUAGAGCUAACUGCUUUUCUUUUGAAAAGUUCAGCUAAUUCUGGUUGGGGGAAGACAGCCUGCUCUGACAAUCCACAUACAGAAAAGUGACAAACUGAAUCCUGUUGAAGUCCUGUAGCUGCAGAUUCUGCCAGUGCUGAUGUGAUUAUCUUAGAUGUCUUGAAACACAGAUAUCUGAAGCACUUGCGGGACUCCAUUGAUCACUCCCAUAUCUUACUGCUUUCUAGUGGUGUAUUAAGUAAUUUGAAUGUAAAUCCAUGCUUUUUUUAGGAGAAAAAAAAAAAAAGUUUCUUUUUUUCCCUGUCUUGUAAACCCGCCAGCUGUUGGCCUGUGUAUUUCAAUGAACCAACCACUUGUAAAAGGUGGUGAUAGUUCUCUUAUCCUUCAGGAAUCUGCAGAAAAUGGAAUGCCCUGCCCAUGACAACUGUGACAAAUCCAGCUGCUGGGGCUGGGCUGCUUUGGGGUGCUGCAGCAGCUGCUUUAAACAUCCUCUACUAUACAGCUCUGGUUGCAACUUCAGCAUUUGCCUCACAAGUUGCUACUCCUCAUCUUUCCCCUAUCUCCUCCUCUUUCAUAAAUACAUAGAAUAAAUACAUAAAUACA